UUCGCCUCUUUUCUUUCGGCUGCUCCCUGCUCACUGCUCACUCAGUUUGCAUUUUGCCAUAAUUUGUUCAAUUUUAUCCCUCCUCUGAACACAACGUCUACCGAGUCUUAGAAAUUUGUUCUUCAAGAUCGCCCUUGAGUUAAUUUAACUAUUUGGGUGUGUUUUUCUCAUCCGGAAUGGCGGGCGUUAGUUACUUCAACGUCUACGUAACGCACGUGGUCGAAACCGUGGAAUGCCAGGAGAAACCCAACUAUUGCAACCUCAUUUUUUGGGGUCAAAAAGAUCGCGGAUUAUCAGCUAAGAUGGAAGAACAGAUUGCAGCAUGCAACUUUGAUGCUUCCCCUCGACCCUUGCUCACUGAUCUCAAGAAAGAGAAGCAUUUCUGUGUCCUAGUUAACAACAGUUGGGUCAGAGCCACCAUCAGCGAUUAUUCUGUUGAUAGAAAUGGGAACCUCGAAGUAUUCUGCAUUGAUUAUGGCCAUACUGUCAUGGUUCCGCUGGCUUGCAUCAAACUUAUUCCUUCCACCCUGCCCUUCAUCAGUUCCUGCCAUCCUUUGGCCACAAAGUUUCUUUUAGCUGAUGUUGUGAUAGAAAAGGGUAUACGGGGAAAAGAACCAGUCCUUCAGUACUUACAAAGAAACAUAGCUAACAAGAAUGUCAAAGCUGUGUCCCUGGGUAUCCGAGAUGACUUUGAGGGAGUAAGAAUCUAUUCAUAUGAGGUGCUUGUUGCAAAGCUAUUGGUGGAAAGUCUCCUCGGAACUCCAGCGGCUACUUACAUUGAUGCUGUUAAACAACCUGUACCUAAUCACCGCCAACUUUCCGUCACAUCAAUCUCACCACCUCCCAUGACGAAUUCGCACCACAGGGCACGCUCUGUGAUGUCGGUGAGUCACAAGAUGCUGAACGCUGCCUCAUCUCAAAGCAAAGCAUUUCCUGGUGUAUCGUACACGGCUUCCUGUUUGGAGAUGAAUGUGAUCCACACAGUCAUGGUAACUUUUGUGCAGAACGGACCACACAAAUUCGUUAUUCAGCGCAAAAACAGUGACGCUGUGGAAAAACUGACCAACCUUUCAAAGAAGUUAUCCGAGUUUGCCGCUCUCAACUCCAAAACUCUGGUAAAUGUCGAUCGUGGCACCCCCUGCAUCGCAAUCUCCUCUCGAGAUAAGCUGUUCCAUCGCGGCAUAAUUACGCUGGUCGAAGACGUCAGAUACGCCAAUGUGUAUUUCGUCGAUUAUGGCUACUCUGAACUGGUUGAUCUGCAAUCUUUGUUCGAAAUCCCAGCCGACUUCAUCUCCAUCGAAUUGUUCGCUUAUCGCGUUGCGCUGGAAGAUGCCGCAAGCUUGACCUUCGACAAAGUUUCGGAAAAUUUUACAAGAUUGGUUUUGUACCAAACCUUUAAAUGCCAUGUGACCAGAGAAACUAUGCCGCAAUCGGUCAUUCUUAUGGAUGAUGCUGGUCGUACCGUCAAAGAUUUAGUCCUUGCAUCAGUAGCAGAUUCCAGACCACCACUCAACAUUUCUGAAUUACUAAAAACAGCGCCACUAUCUCCUAUUACCGCUGCUGGGAAUAUCAAGGUUGCCACAGUGGAAGUCGGGGCAGUGGAAGAUCUUUUCGUUACUUGCGUGGGUUCUCCUGGAAAAUUUUUUGGCCAGUUUGAAAGACGUCCCGUGGUAGAGUUGAAUGCUCUUAAGAGCGAACUAGAGUCCACCUAUUCAAGCUGCAUUCCAGGUCAGCCAUCACAGAUUCCUUUGCUCUAUGCUGACGUCAAGAGUCACAUUGGAGACUACGGGGUUAUCAAAUGGUCAUCCGACGGCCAUUUCUAUCGAGUCCAGAUUGUCGAGGAGUUCGCCCAUGAUGUGGCCAUCACUUUUGUUGAUUACGGGAACAAUAUCAGAGUUUGUCGUCAGGAAAUCUGGGCCCCGGCUAGCAGCCUUAAGUGGUUUUCCAGACCAUCGUUUGGAAUCAAUUGCAUCGUUCCUGGAAUAACUUUAACUGAAAACGAAUGGGCUCUCCUGGUCAAUGACAAAUCAGUUCGUGUUAAGCUCGGCCAGCCCAAUAAUAAAGUUUAUCCGGCUACCUUCGUGAAUAUGUCCUUCAAUAACGUCAUCCGCCCACUAAGUGCAUGCUCCAAUCUAUCACCAAUAGCUCAAGAAUUUGAUCCAGUUAGAGGUGCGGUGCCACAGGUCACGAAUCGUAAACUUGAAUUUGAUGCUCCAGGCCAGUCAGGGUUGCGGAAUGCCAUCCCUAAUAUUGUCGUGGAAAAUGGCCAAAUGCCCAAUCACAGCCUCUUAGAAGAUUCGUGGGGUAUUCCAGUUCUUAAAAACAAUGUUCUUGAAGAUUCAUGGGGUAUACCGAUGCAGUCCACGAAGGCUAUAACAGUGGAACCACCCCGGCAGAAAAGUGACCGUGUUUCUUCGGUGAGUUCCACUCGUUCCAGUGCCGGCCGGAAUCCAGAAGAGAAAAUGGAUUGGGAAAGCGCUGAGCCGAAGGAGUUACCCAGGGAGCCUACACCCAUCUCUCGGCCACUUGAAAUCCCCAAGCGGGUUAUGCCAAUUUCACAGCCCACAAAACUUGUUUAUCCACAUCAAACAGGAUUGGAAGGCGCAACCAAAAACCUUGAAAUUGUUUUCGUCGAGGACCCGAACAGCUUUUACUGCCACUUAAUCGAGGCUGUUCCACUUCUCGAAAAGUUAAUGGACAAUUUGGCCACUGCGUACUUGGCCGCUCCUAAAGAGCCUCUUGGUUGCAUUGAAGUGGGUGUGGCCUGUGUCGCCCAGUAUACCGAAGAUAAUAACUGGUACCGCGGCCAAAUUUUGAACGUUGGAGCAACGGAAGUUGAAGUGCUAUUUGUAGACUACGGCAACAAGCAGCGUACCCCCGUAACUCUACUGAAAGCGAUUGAACAGGAGUUUGUCAAACUACCGGCUCAGGCUUAUCAUUGCUCCUUGGCGGGCGUUCAAGACUGCUCACGUUCCUGGACUUUACAAGAUAAGACGCUUUUGGAGGAAGCUGGCAUGGGCAAACCGCUCAAAACUACAGUUUCUGAUCACCGUGAAAAUGAUAAAUACCUCGUCCGCCUGGUGGAUGAAAGUACUCGUCCUCAAGUCGUGAUCAACGAUCUUUUCGCUCCGCCUCGCGAAAUCGUUCCUGUUCCUGAUGUUUUCAGUUAUUCGUCGCUUCCCACUUCUGAUCUGACGAAUGUCAACGUUGUUUGGUUUUCCAAUGUUGGUCGUUUCUUCUUAAGUCCUGACAAUCUCGAAUCGUAUCAGCAUGAUUUAGACCAGUUAGAAGAACAUUAUUCGGCCUUGUCUGGUGAUGAGCUCGUUGAGGAUUCACCGUGCGUCGGCCUUCCCUGUGUUGUCAAGUUCAAAGACGAUGGACGCUUUUAUCGGUCUGAAAUUCUAUCGAUCCGUGGAUCAUUCGCUAACGUGAUUUUUGUUGAUUACGGCAACGAGCAGGAAACUGCCCUGAAAGAGUUAAAGCGAAUUCAUCCACGUUUCUUGAAGUUUCCUCAAUUGACUUGGCAAUGUAGAUUGAACAACGUCAUCAUGCCAGAUUCGGAAAUCUUUUACAGUCAAGAUUUGAAGGAUCAUAUAAAAGCUUGCUUUCCUGAAGGACUUAUCCUUGGAGCUCGUUUUCAUGAACCUACAGGCGGUGUUUAUCCUGUGGAUUUAGCCGUACCAGAUAUUGGAGACGCCGCUAAUUAUUUAGUGAAAAACAAAGUUCUUUGUCGUCACAAUACCUGCAUGGGUCAAGAAAAAGAAGUGAAAUUUCCUCCACAGAAUUUUGAUUUCGUUCCAGACGAGAUAAUCUCAACUACUGCCUUUUUGCCUUUUGUCAAAACACCGCUGGAAUUUUGGAUCCAGUUGGAAUCGGAAUCGGUCGAAGCUAUCAUGGAACAAUCGGAUAAACUCGCCACUGAGCCCGACUUUCUAAAUAACAAGAGCAACUUCGUUCCGGUCGUUGGCAAAUCCUGCCUCGCUUUCUUUGCUGAAGAUGAGCGUUGGUAUCGGGCUACUGUGGAAUCUUUGGAGCAAAACUCGGCCAUUGUCUACUAUGUAGACUAUGGAAAUACUAACAGCGUUGGACUGGAACACCUGAGAGAUCUGCCACCAUUACUUGCGGAGAAACCACCCAUGGCUUUCAAGUGCUGUUUGGCUGGAGCCGAGUCUCCCAUUUCCAAGGAAGUUACGGAAGCUUUUCUUGCUCUUGCAUUGGACCUUGUAGCCACCGUCAAGGUGGUCAAAGUGGUCGACGAGAUUUUGCAUGUUCGUCUCUGCAACACGGCUGAUGGUGUCGACUUGGGAGAGAAGAUUCAGCUGCCCACCAAACCGGUAGAAUUGGAGGUUUACGUGUGCUACUCAAUUUCUCCAGAUAGGUUUUGGGUUCAGCGGAAGGAAGACGAGAACAGAAUAGCAGAGAUUCAGAAUCAACUCGGACUAGAGCUGCAGGGGCCAAAUAUGGGAUCAUUCCAGCUACAAGGACAUCCGGUUGCUGGACAAAUGUAUGCUGUCUUCCACCCGGUUUAUGAAAACUUGUAUCGAGCUCUUGUCAAGUCUUUCGAUAGCUUUUCUGGACUUGCUGAAAUUCAGUUCGUUGACUACGGAGAUGAUCAUAAAGUUUCCGCGAAGGAUUUUCUCCAUCUGCCAGAAAAUUUGAAAAAAAUCCCGCCCAUGUCGUUCGAAUCCUGCUUGAACCUUCAAUCGAGACCGAAGCACUGGCCAGAAGAGGCGUUGAAGUACUUCAUCUCAAUUUGCUCUCCAGAAAUCGUCUUUCAAGCCAAACUUGGAGUUAAAGCUGACGGCAUUCAACAAAUUGAUUCGCUGCAAGCUCAGGAAGAAAACGUCAUCGAAGUGUUGAAUUCCAAAAUCAAGCAGUCUCAAUUGGAGCAAACUGGAAGAGUUUUUGGCAUCCUGGAAUCGGUUUCUAAAUCUUUGAAACAAGUAGAAACGCAGAUGCAUCCAGUAAUCCGACCUAGCACGGAGCUGAUCAACGAUAUGAAUGGAAUUCCCGGUCAAGUCAUUUCGUCCAAAGCCAUUGUUGUUUGCCUGAAUUCACCCACUGCCGUUUGGCUUCAUUUGGAUCCCUCUGCUGCCGAUGACAUCAUGAACUCCAUCAAACAAUACACGCAGCAGCCGGAAUUCGCCCAGAUUUGCCCGCUCGAACCAGUCGUAGGAGUCUCUUGUUUGGCUCUUUUCCCCGACGACCAACUUUGGUAUCGCGCUGUUGUCGAAUCUGUGGAUCAAAGCUCGGUCACUGUCAAUUACGUCGACUUUGGAAAUUCAUCGCCUGUUGGUGGGGACCAACUUCGACCUAUUCCCCCAGCGCUCGUGGUGAAACCUGCACUGGCGUUCAAGUGCGCGCUGGAUGGAGCUGACAGAGUAACGGACAAUUUGCCGUCCACUAAAAAAUGUCAGGAUGCUCUCUUCGAUCAAUUACUUUCUGUAACGUUUGUUGAGAAAACGCAGAAGCACAUCUUUGUGAGAUUGCGGGAUUCGGAUGGUCACGAUUUGAACGAGAAACUGGGUCUACCUACUGCACCCACCAAUGUGAGACUGGAAAAUCAACGAACGAAUGCUUCAUCGACCCUAGUCAGCACGCGACCUAUUCCAGGAGCAGAAGAUGUCAGAGUGUCAUACAUCAAGUCGGCUGGCAUGUUUUGGAUCCAACGCGAGAGCAAUUGUGAAGAAAUUGAACAAAUCCGAGACACUCUUAGGCCAUUGGACAGCAACGACUCGCCGAAUGUGCCACCACUCAGCGUGAAAGAAAACGUUCUCUACGCGGUUAUGCAUCCGGAAUACAACCGCUUCUACCGCGCCCGAGCUAAUCAAAUCAACGGAGACUGUGCCGAGGUGUAUUUCUUGGAUAUUGGAUACACCGAUUGGGUCCCGCUGUCUAGCAUUCGUCCCUGCCCGGCUAUUUUGAAGUACAUUCCAGCCAUGGCCAACGAAUGCACGUUUCGAUCGCCCAUCUAUCCGGAUCAGUACAGCGAAGAGAUUCGGAAAGCUUUCAGUGAUGCAACCGAAGGCGUUGUCUGUCAGGCUGUUUUCAGCGGUCCACAACCGAGCCAAGGCAUUCAGUGCAUCGAAUCGCUUUUUGCCAAAGGCGUCAAUGUGGGCAAUCUCCUUUAUAAUUUGAUUUCGUCAAUCGCCCCACAAUCAGGAACGUCGGGCGGGUUUGGCAAUUUACCAUUAUUCCCCAGCAAACAGCAAAGAGGGCUUUGAAAAAAAAAAGUUGAUGAUUUCAGAAGUUUUAUGUUGUUUUUUUGAACAAUAAAAAAAUGUGCUGUUGAUUCUCAUUACUACGUAUAUACCCAAUUAUGUGUUGGAACCAAAAUCCAUUCUUCAUUCCUCCGAUUAUCUUUUGCAUCCAAAAUUGUUCAUUCCUCGUCCCAAUUCUGUGUUGGACCCAGAAUUUUAAUACAUCAUUUCCGUUUUCAAA